UUCAAGUUGACUGGUACGGCUCAUGGACUCAUCUCUGGCAUGUAUGUUUCAUUCUCUUCUCUACGUCAUCAUCGAUUUUUUAUCUCCUUUACUGGUACGAGACAGACAUUGGACUCAUUCACUCUCAUCACGGACUUAUCUCUGGCACGCAUUUUUAUUCCUCUCAUUUCCUCCUCGAUAUUGUGACCUUCGAUUUGUUUUCUCCUUUUCUGAUACGAGACGGACAACGGGACUCGUUUUCAUUAUGGACUCAUCUCUGGCGUGUACGUUCAUUCUCUACAUCAUCUUCUUUGAUUUUUUCCUUGACUGGUACGAGACAAUAUCGGACUCAUUCAGUUUCAUCACGAACUCAUCUAUCUGUGCAUGUGGUAUAGAUCUUUCAUUCUUUCAAUCUUUUUAUCUACACGGUAGCCUUGUUCGAUUUGUUUCCCCCUUUUCUCAUAUGAC